UGUUCUUUCCGUCUUCUCAAGCUAGCAUGACCGGACAUCGUCACAGAACCGUAACGACGUUGGUACUCCUGUAUGUACUCUUGUGUGACGUCAUUACUUCCUUUGCUCAGGAUGUCGCAGAGGUCGAGAACAUUAGGCUGAUUGGAGGAAGCAACAGAUACGAAGGGAAUGUGGAGGUAGAAGUAAACGGCGUAUGGGGCUUCGUGUGUGACGAUGGCUUCGGCUUCCCGGAGGCAGACUUGGUUUGUCGCGAAAUCGGACACGACGGUGCUGAGAAGUAUACUAGAAAUAACCAGUUCGGUGCUAGUGCUACGGAACGGCGUCAAAAUCCCGUAGAGUUUUGGCUGGACGAUCUUGCUUGUGAAAACGCCACGACCUUCAAGGAGUGUUCGUCUAGUCGUCUCGGGGAACAUGACUGCGGUUCCACUCAGAUCGCGGGCGUAGUGUGUCGGAGCUUCCAAUCGAGGUGUUCCGCUGUAGAAUUCCCUUGUGGAGAUGGCAGAGCGUGUCUUGAGCGAGAGAAGGUUUGUGAUGGCAUAACGGACUGCAAGGAUAGCAGUGACGAGAGGGCGGAGCUUUGUGAGGAUGUAGGUGUGGUCAGGCUGAGACCAGGCAACAGACCCUUCACAGCCCCGGGGUUGGUCGCAGGGAUAGUGCAGGUGAAACGACAGGGGGCGUGGCUGCCUCUUUGUGAUGCUUUCUUUCGCGUCAAUGACUCCAAGGUCCUCUGCAAGAACCUCGGCUACACUAACGGAUGGACCCUCCCCUUCUUCGGCUCCUACUUAGGGGAAGACCCGAGUCCUUUAUCGGUUUCAGUGUCGAAAUGUACUGGAAAGGAAAGCUGGAUUGGCGAAUGUCCCUCCUUGAAUUGGACGGAGGAGGAUUGCUCGGAGAACACCGCGGGGAUACUGUGCUCCGAAGGGGCAGUGACCACGAGAAUCGAGGGAGGAAAUCCCGAGAGCGGAGGCCUCCUGAAGGUGAAGCUAAAGGGCAGGAAAUGGAGCGGCAUCUGCGGCACGGCGUUCGAUGACCUGGACGCCAAGGUAAUCUGCCGAAUGCACGGAUACACAGGAGACGCUUCAGCCUCGCAGGAACCAAGGACCUCGCAGGAUCCUAUCUGGGACAUCCUUCUGGAUUGCACUGGCCACGAAUCCCGCCUGCACCAGUGCCGUUUAAAGAUCGCUGACGAGGAAUGUACUUCUGUCGCUUUCGUCACUUGUUCCCGAAGCAGGGGAGGAAUAGACGCCCAGCUGAGAUCGGUUCUGCCCUCCAACUGCGGCCUGGUUGAAAAUUCUUCAGAUCUGUACAUUGGAUUCCUGGCGAAAAUAAGAGGGGGGGCAACGCCCUCUCAGUUCGACUACCCGUGGAAGGUGACACUGCGCCUUAAGAAGGAGCUUGAGGGUGGAGGAAGCCUUGUGUGUGGUGGAUCAAUUAUCUCCGAGGACCUGGUACUGACGGCGGCCCACUGCUUUGGGCAAAACAGCGAACUAGCCAUGGUGGUCAGGACGGGAGAUUUCGACUCCGCCUACGUCGAAGGAAGCUUUGAAGAGGAGUUCGACAUCGAUAAGGUCUGGGUCCACGAGCAGUACGAAGACACACACUUCCAGGACAAUGACAUCGCCCUCGUCAGAAUCGAACGCAAAUGGGGGCGUGGCUUCAGGUUCAACAAGCGCGUGCGUCCUGUGUGCUUGCCGAGUUCUGACGCUUCCUAUGAAGAAAUUAGCGACUGCUCGGUUGCUGGCUGGGGAAGGACCAUGAUUUUCUCAGAUCCGACCCAGAAACCUAACGAGCUGGAGGUCGUGGUCUUCUCCGACUCCUUAUGCGAGGUCUACUUCGGCACAUACAACUAUUCUUCUUCUUCUGUGUGCGUCGGGACCGAAAACCCUUUCUUGAGGCGCCCCUGUGCAGGAGACUCAGGAGGUGCCCUGGUCUGCAAAACGGGUAACCGGGAAGUCCUUUACGGUAUGGUGUCUGCGGGGCCCCUGUGUGGGAUUUUGUCCUUCAGCCCAGAUGUCUUCACGAGGGUUACGAAGUACAUUCGGUGGAUUCAGGAAAAAAUCGCUCCUUUUGGAUACCAACCGAGCCAAGAGAGGUUCGAUUCUUUCACACUUCGCGGGAGCUUUCGGGGAUAGACGUGAAGGACUCCGGGUGGAUUUUCUACUCGUCACUGAGGAGCUUCGAGGUGGAUUUGGACAUCAAGGUUAAGGGAUAAACAUUAAAAGUUCAGCAAUGGAAUGUGGACUCAGGGUGUUGGGAGGGCAUUUUAUAGAUAUUUUACCAGUGUGUUUUCUUUUUACUUCUUUUUUAGUGUGUAGCUAUGCAUGUUGAAAUCGUUGACUUGUGGUUUAUAUGAUGAAUGUUGUUUAAUAUAUUAUUUGAUAUAUU